CCACGGCAGACCGAUGGGAUACUGCUGGAGGGAUUUUCAAGGCGGGCUCUUUGUGAAAACCCAGGUGUUAGGACAGCUUCCACGGCGGCUAAGUUCUUAUCGCCACAGCAUUAAAACACAUCAGCACUACCGAGCCAUUUUGGACAGGCGGUGCAGCUCGAUCGGCUCUUUCUUUCUCUGACGGAAGUUUUAUGUUGAAUGGAAGCGGCUCUCCGCAAGUUCACAAUGAAGACUCGCGUUUUUCUCCUAAUGCUUGCGGUUUUCUCCCAAGGACUCGCACAGGUUGAGGAAAACGAAGCAGACGAGCUGCAGGUCGAGACAUUGGUGAAGCCAGAAACUUGCUCCGUUCUCUCAACAAUGGGAGACACGCUGCAAAUCCACUACACUGGUAAACUGAUGGAUGGGAAGGUGAUCGAUUCCUCGCUGUCCCGGGACCCUCUUGUUGUGGAGCUGGGGAAGAGGACGGUUAUUCCUGGUCUGGAGCAAAGCUUGAUUGGUGUUUGUGAAGGGCAAAAAAUAAAAGCCACCAUUCCUCCUCACCUUGCUUAUGGAAAAAAAGGAUACCCUCCUACGAUUCCAGGUGAUGCUGUUCUUGAAUUCGAGGUGGAGGUGAUUUCUCUGUCACCACAGACGCAGUGGCAGAAGAUCAUCAAUGACGUGUUCCCCUUGGUGUGUUUGGCCCUGGUGCCGACUCUGCUCGGCCUGGUGGGGCUUUACCUUUACAAAAAGUCCACAGCCGAGAAGCCCAGCAAAAAGAAGUCCAAAGAUAAGAAGAGUAAGAAGAAAUAAGGGCUAGGCAGAUCAUUUAAUUUAAAUAAACUUUUUCAAAGACUCUG